CACAUGAUCCCACCUGCUUCAGAUCUCCUUCACAUUUUAGAACUAGAAUUGAAACCCCAUCUUCACUCCACCACUUCCCACUCAGCAACCAGAGGAGCUCUCCCACACAAGACAGCCAUGAAAGCUUGCCUCAGAGCAUUAACUGUGCUUUCUCUUCUUCUGCUAGUUCUACCAGCUUUGAGGCCCGUGAAGACCCGAGUAACAGGUCUUCGUCCAUUGCUGGCACAAGUCCCAUCCUCUCAAGCUCUCAAAGAUGUGCAGGCAGCCACAAAGAAUGUUUUCAAGCAGCUCGGCACCAGCGUCCGAAGAAUACCUCCAAGUACCUCAAAUCCCAUCCAGAACAAGUCCAAGCCUCCAUCAGAUGGCAAGAGAAAGGCCUAAUCAACAGAAGAAGAUAUCUACAUGUUUAAUAGUUGAAUGAACUUCAAUACUGCGUUAGAGUAGUUUUUAUUUCUCUGGUUUCCUGCUAGGACCAUUUCCAUUUCUAGUUUUGUACUGAAAUCUUUAAUGCAUUCACAAUUUUGUAG